CGCCGGCCCGCGCCAGGCGGCGCGCCGGCUACGCCUACAGACCCGCUUCCUUCGCUUAGUCUCCCUCAACGGUUACCCCGGCUCUCCGCCACUCAUUCCCGCGGCGCUCGAGGGACCAUGGCCGAUCCUCGCGUGAGGCAGAUCAAGAUCAAAACUGGCGUGGUGAAGCGAUUGGUCAAAGAAAAAAUGAUGUAUGAGAAAGAAGCAAAACAACAAGAAGAAAAGAUUGAAAAAAUGAAAGCUGAAGAUGGUGAAAAUUAUGCUAUUAAAAAGCAGGCAGAGAUCCUGCAAGAGUCCCGGAUGAUGAUCCCAGAUUGCCAGCGCAGGUUGGAAGCUGCAUAUACUGAUCUUCUGCAGUUAUUAGAGACUGAAAAAGACUUGGGAGAAGCUGAGGAAUAUAAGGAGGCACGUUUAGUACUGGAUUCAGUGAAGUUAGAAGCCUGAAGGUUUUCUAUACAGGGUGUUUUUUUGCAUUAAGUCCUGGGAUCCAUUCCACAAUUCAUUAUUUUUGACCACUGCUAUGUGUCCAAGUAGUAUGAGAAUGUGAUUCUUUUUAUGCAGUGCAUGUUUUUCUUUGCCUGAUUUAAUGUGUCAAAUAAAUGAGUUCAUCUAAUAAAAUUGCUUCUUUCGUAC